AUGGUCAGGGAAGAUGUUAAUCCACUCAGACUGACCAAGGACUGCAACAGCAACCAGGGAAACAUGGGCCUGUUGUCCAUUCUACGGCGGCUGAAACAGUCCCCAGACCAGGAGGUGCGCUUGCUCUUGUUAGGUCUCGACAAUGCUGGGAAGACCACUCUGCUGAAACAGCUGGCAGCUGAAGAUAUCAGCCACAUCACCCCAACUCAAGGCUUCAAUAUAAAGUGUGUUCAGUCCGCUGGCUUCAAGUUGAAUGUUUGGGACAUUGGAGGUCAGCGUAAUAUCCGUCCUUACUGGAGGAACUACUUUGAGAACACAGAUGUGCUGAUCUAUGUGAUUGACAGCUCGGACAAGAAAAGGUUUGAAGAGACAAGCCUGGAGCUGGCUGAGCUGCUGGAGGAGGAGAUGCUUGCUGCCGUGCCACUGCUAAUCUUUGCUAACAAGCAGGAUCUGAUGUCAGCCACGGCGGCCUCGGAGCUGGCAGAGAGUCUCAGUCUGCACACGAUCCGGGAUCGCAUGUGGCAGGUCCAGGCCUGCUCAGCAGUCACUGCUGAGGGAAUUCAGGAUGGGAUGAACUGGGUUUGCAGAAAUAUAAAGUUUCGGAAGAAGUAAUCGAAAAAGCAAAGGAUCCACGAAGAAUUGCAGCUGCACUUUACACAUAACGCAGAUAUUUUUACAUCAGGACGAGAAGCUGACAGAUUGUGUCAUUUUGUUAAUGACUAUC